AUUUGAUAGCGUCAUUCACUCACUGUCGCAACCUACAUUUCUGCGCUUCUUCAGCUGUGAAUAAUUGGGCUACAUACACCCACAUGUAACGAACUGUACUUCAAGCUGUCUUCCUUCUCUGUCUCACAGUUCUUACCCAGGCUUCGGCCUCGGAUACUGCACAUACAAUCGCGAUGCAGCCCCGGUAGCAAUUGCGCGAGCCGGGUGGCUUACUAUCAGACAAGAAGCUUCAUGACAGGCUGGAAGAAUCAGAACAUUUCGCCGAUUGAGGCGAGUCCGGAAAAGACCGAAGAUGCUGUCGACGGACCUGUGGCCCCAAGAGCCUCUAGCGACGCUGCCGACUUCUACCGCGCGAAACCAGUCCUCGAUCGUCGAAUCCACAUCAUGGGCGUGGGCAAUGUGGGAAGCUUCGUUGCGCACGCCCUACGCGGCAUACCGAAUGCGCCGCCCGUGACGCUUCUCUUCUCCCACUGGGAGAAGCUGAACAAGUGGAACGAGUCCUCGCAAAGGCUGACAUUGGUCACCGACGGCGAUGCUGAGAUACACGACGGGUACGACGCCGAGAUAGCUAUACCCCGCAUACGAUUUCACGGCAAGGAAGUGGGGUUGAACAUUGCUUCUCAAGACUUGACAGAGGCAUCGUCCGAGUCACAAGAGCAGGCCCCGCAAGCGUUGUCUGGAGAGUCGACGGAGCCGAUCAAUUCGCUGAUCAUAUGCUCUAAAGCACCAUUUGUGUUACAAAGCCUGUCUGCCGUGAAGCACAGGCUGCACAAGGACUCUGUCGUAUUAUUCAUGCAGAAUGGGAUAGGAACCGUGGAAGAAGUAGACAGAGAGAUCUUUCCGGACCCCGCCACGAGACCACACUACAUGCUUGGGGUUAACUCGCAUGGCAUGCACAACACGCCGGACGAUGCGUUCACGACUGUCCACGCCGGGUUUGGAACGAUAUCUCUAGGGCUUCUACCCCAUGAACGAGACCGCAAAGCCGACGCUCCCUACGAGCCGGUGGUGAAAUUCCAGGCGAAUCCAGGCGAGCCACCCGUAUACCCUGACCCUCCCUCCGAACUCAACCCUGAAUACCCAACCCCGGCAACCACAAACUUCCACUGGACGCCGAACCAGCGUUACCUCCUGCGCACUCUUCUACGAACGCCCGUCCUUUCAGCCGCCUCCUUCUCCCCACCGGAUUUACUGCAAAUGCAACUUGAAAAACUCGCUGUAAACUGCGUCAUCAAUCCGCUUACUGUCCUCCUCGACGCCCGCAACGGCUCUGUCCUGUAUAACUACGCCUUGACCCGCACGCUCCGCCUUUUACUCUCUGAAAUCUCACUCGUCAUCCGCUCCCUGCCAGAACUCCAGUACAUACCCAACGUCUCGCAGCGCUUCGAUCCGGGACGCCUUGAAAGCAAAGUUGUCGGAGUAGCAAGGCUAACGAAAGAUAAUAUUAGUAGUAUGUUGGCGGAUGUGAGGAGCGGUAGACAGACGGAGAUUGACUAUAUCAAUGGGUGGAUUGUUAAGCGGGGGGAGGAGUUGGGGCUGAGGUGCUUGUGUAAUUAUAUGAUGGUGCAGUUGGUGAAGGGCAAGGCGAAUUUGGUCAAACUCGAGACUAGUGAGGGUGUGCCGUUUGUGCAGGGGAAGAGGAGAGAGGGCCAGUUGGAUAUCAGGGAGGGGGUGGCGGGGAAGGAGAAGUUGUAAGUGGAGCAAUUGCGUAAGGAAUGUAUGUACAUGGACCUUUGUCUGGAUACACUCUUUGCUCUGAACGGUAUUGACAGGCCACCUGUUUUUUCCUACACGGAGAAGUAUAGAGUGACAACCCCAAUGAUUCGCGUUACUGUAGGAACUAAAAAUGAAGAUGAAGUGGUUUGAACACAGCCAGACUACAACAGAUUAAGGCGUCACCGUCUUUUAAUUGGUUUCAUCACUAAAGAGAUAGUAUGUUACAGUUUGCAAGAGUAUUAGUCGUAUAGUUGGCGAGGGAAAAAGACUCUAGUAUUAUGAUUAAAUUAUGAUUAGUAUUUGUACAGAUAUAUUACCUCCGCUAAAUAAACCUUCGUUCUCCCAUC